AUGCUGAAGAAUUAUGAAAUCAGGAAGAAGCUCAAUGGUUCCACUAUAAAUGCUCGCAUUGUUGAUCUAUGUAUGUAUAUUCAUCAAAACACUUGUUCCAUCAAUUACACUUCCUCUUCGCUCACAAGACUUAACAAGAAGCUUAAAGGAAAAAUGACGAACAUCUUUUGUUUUUCGAUCCUUGCCAACUUCCUGCUCGCAAUGCUAUGCACGAAUAUGAUCAUCUCUGUGUCUGCAGGCUGGAUGCAAGCUCACGCAACCUUCUAUGGCGGAAGUGAUGCUUCUGGUACAAUGGUAUCCGCUAUAACUUUUUUUAUAAUCCGGUCAGGUGGAGCAUGUGGAUAUGGCGAUCUCUACACCGAUGGUUACAAAACAAACACGGCGGCGUUAAGCACUGCACUGUUCAACGACGGCAAAUCAUGCGGAGGUUGUUACCAAAUGGUGUGCGAUGCGACCAAAGUGCCACAAUGGUGUCUUAAAGGGAAAUGGAUAACAAUCACAGCUACUAACUUCUGUCCUCCCAAUUACGCUUUACCAAACGAUGAUGGAGGUUGGUGCAAUCCUCCAAGGCCUCACUUCGAUAUGGCUCAGCCUGCUUUUGAGACCAUCGCCAUUUACAGAGCCGGAAUUGUCCCUGUUCUCUAUAGAAAGGUUGGAUGUAGAAGAAGCGGAGGUAUGAGAUUCACCAUGAACGGUAGAGAUUACUUCGAGCUUGUUCUCAUCUCAAACGUCGGAGGUGCAGGUGAUCUGUCCCAAGUGUGGAUCAAAGGCUCCAAGAGUAACAAGUGGGAAACAAUGUCAAGAAACUGGGGAGCUAAUUGGCAAAGCCUUACUUACCUUAACGGACAAAGUCUCUCUUUCAAAAUCCAAGCCAGUAACGGUAAGAUAAAGACAGCAAUCGACGUUGUUCCUUCAUACUGGCAGUUUGGUCAGAGCUUCAAGACCAACAUUAACUUCUGAUAACUAUGGACUACUGUAAAUGAAAACUUGAUUACUUCGAUGAAAUGUUUUACAUAUUUUGAAUACAAAUAAUGACAUGAAACCGAAUAUCCGGAGAAAGUGUUAAAGCUCUUCUCAUAAUAUCAAACUAUGUCAAACAGUUAUCAAGUCUCUCUUUCAUUCCUCAUCACACGGUUACGCCCUCUCUUGCGGAAUCGUUCCAACAUGAUCUGAUCAGUUGCAGCUUGUCUGCUUUUCCCUGAAUUAGCAGCAUCAUUAUUAGUUAUUACUACUAGGCGACGGUGGUUUAGGUCCUUGGCCAUCAGCUUGAGGUCCUCUAUCUUUGUAUAGCUCGGGAUGUUCUGCGUGUUUGAAAAGUUUAAUGACGACGACCAAAGAUAUUCAAAUGAUUCAAUCCUAAGAACACUUUAUUAUAAGUCAGCUGCAUUAUUCAUGUAAGCAUAUUUCAUCUUCCUACAUAUUAGCUCAGAUUACGGUUUAAG